CUGAAUUAUAGGUCUUUACAACUUUAGGACUUUGAGGAGUGACCAUUAGUAUCUGUCAGUAUAGAAGAGCUUGUGAUCAGUGGUUUGUUUAUUAAACAAAUACUUUUGAACACCUGGUUUUUGCCAGGAACUGUUCUAGUUGGUGACGAUGAGGCAAGGAACAGAACAGACAGAUUCCCCUACCUUCGUGGAGUGUUCAUUCUAGUGUGGGAAAUAACUCCAUCUCUAUGGAUAAAAUAGUAUCACUUAACAUUUAGUGACUUGUGCAAGGUUAGGUUCUAAGUGUUUUAUGUAGAUAUUAAUUGGUUUAGUCUUCACUUUAAUUGAUUUACUCUUAACUCUAUGAGGUAGAUAUUCAUCCCUCAUAUGGGAUGAAUAUAAGUCCCUCAUGAUGAAUAUAAAAUUCAUCAUGUUUAUAGGGGCAAAGAAACAUUAGGUAACUUGCUAAAGGCACUACAAUUAAAAGUGAUAGACCUGGGAUUUUAACAGAGUUGGUCUAUUGCCAGAGUUAGUGCUCUUUAAAAAAUAUUUUUUCUUUGUGUAAGAAGGAUUCAUGUUAGAUAAAAGAAAGAACUUUAUAACACUAAUGUGACAUGUGAAAGAAGUUGUCAAGUUUCCCCAUUGAUAGCCUUGUGUAGCGUUCUGAUUGAUUCUUAGAAAAGAAGUAAGUUUUGAAUGAGUCCUGGAUACCUGGGCUGCUGGAGCCUGGUGCUGGGAAAACCAUCUGUGCUUGUUGAUUUUUAUUGCAAGUUCAAGAAACGUAGAAGAAUACAUGUGGAAGCUGAGUAGCCAAAGGAAUGGACUGUGGAAGCUACUACAAAUUUUAGCAUCCUAAUAUUCACCCUUUUUGCAUGCUCUGUAGAUGUGGAGCUGGGGCCGUUAAAUAUUUUUCUUUUGCCAGUUGGCACAAUAUUAAGCUUUGUUAAUAGAUGACACUGAAGGAUGAGCAGGAAGAAAGGGCUUUUCUUUCCGGAUACAGUGUGCUCUCAGCAGGCUCUGCCCUGUUCUUGCAAUGUGAAUACCUCCAGUGGCUGGCUCUUAACACUGCAUAGUGAUCCGCAGUAGCCAGCAGCUUCCCCGAGCACCCACUUCAGUUGAUUUCAGCAUGGAGACCCUCCAGCAAAAUACCUCCCAGUGAACAGAUUUCCCAACACCCUAGAGGGAAGAUUUCCAGUACAAUCCACUGGCAAGUCCCCACAGCUACUUCCGUGCUAGCCACAUCCAGGCCCUCCAAUAAGAUCUGCAUCCCAGUCCUGGGGGACUGGAGGAAGCUCUAUCAGCCCUAGUUAGUGGGUUCUCCUUAUAUUUGUCUUUCCUGUAAAUCUUUAGAGUUGUUUCUUAUUAGCCAAUACCUCACUACUACAAUCCCCUGUAAUAGCUAUUUUCUUUAUAUUAAACUUUGCAAGUCCAAAUUAAGGUGUAGUUUCUCUUUCCUAAUUGGAUAUCUAAUUUUGCCAUGUAUAAUCAUUGCUUUUUGUUCAGCACCUUCCUAGUGCAAAAGAAAAGCUUGUUUUUUUUCCCUGAGACUUCACCACCAUUGCUAGAAAUAACAGCUUUCUUUUCAAACUGUGUUUUUAAUUGAUGAUACUUUUAGAUUUUGAAAAUUCAGUUUUUAAUACAAAAGUGACUUGAUCAAAUAUCUCCCUUUUAACCUUUAUAUAUCCCAGAUCUGGCUUAUUUCUAAAUUCAUACUCUAUUAAACACAUGUUAUUCCAGGUCCUGCGUUAGGGACUGGGAGAAUACAGAGAACCGGACAGAAAUGGAUUUUUUGCUUCAUGUGAGAUAGCAUCAGUAGGACUUAGUGAUGUUUGGAUAUGAAUGAGAAUGAAGAAUUAGGAUGAUCUUCAGUUCAUCUGCCUCAGUGUUUGCGUUUUCUGAUGUGGUGUUUCACAGAGAUAGAAGGGCUCCAGGAUGACAAUGACGUUUUUUUCCUUAAUUUACCGACUGGUAGUUGGAGGGACAUAACCUGGCAAUGAAUGAACUAAUAGGCUGCCUGGCAUAUCAAAAGGAAAUGAGGAAGGAAAAUGGUGCAUUUUCAUGACAAAACAGUGAAGUAUUGAUUGGAAAGCUAAAGCCUAAAUGGUAAUUCAACAUUCCAUCCAAAUAUUGUAACACUGUGCACUUGUUUGGCUCAUCUGAGUAACUGCAAGAAUGCUGUCGCACAGAUAUUCUAAAAGAAAACUCAGACUAAGCAGUAAACUUAUAAUGAAUCACAUGCAUCCAAGAAUUGGAAUAGCCAAAAGUUUUAUUACACUUCCCCAUAAACAUUAUUUCUUAGUAUGCAUAUUAUAUUUUAGGUUUUGCAGAGUUUUUGAAGUGCAUUGUAAUUACUUUUUGGCUACAAAUUUAAAUUUUGCAUAUAGUACUGUUCUGUCUUGGUUAUGGGAGGAACAUUCUGAGUGAUGAAAAGAGCCUUAAGGAUGUUCAAAGGAAGUUGAUUUAGUAUUAGAAAGUAUGAAUAAUCUAACCCUUUUGUUGGUAAUAAACUGGCUUUUCACCAUUGCUUUGGUACCUUUAUCUUUGAGCCCAUUACUCAAUUAUGUCUUAAUUUUAACAGUUCUUACUGUGACCCCCAUGCUUAACCUUACUUAAGAAACUGUUAAGAACAGCCAUUCAUGAUUUAUUGUAUAAACCUCAACACUUAAAAAAAAACAAAAACUCAGAGACACGUCUUAGGAGGGAGUGGAUAGAAAUCGGUAAUGAAUGUGGUUGUAGUUGUUCAGGUGGCAUGAAGAGGUGAAGGUCCCCUGGAUCAUUGGAAUGUCCUCCAAAGAGAUCUCAGGAGAUUUUUCCUAGCUCUGCACAUGGUUGAUUUGAGUUUCUUUCUUUAAAAAUAUUUAAUCAUUAAAAAAAAACGUCAUAUGUUCAAGUAUUCAUUGUGUUCUCUUAGUUGACUCUAGAAGUCUGUUUUAUAUCUUAUGAGUUUGGAAGAAUGUUUGUUUAUUUAUUCAAUUGUAGGUGACAGGAAUUCAUUGAGGGUGUAAAUUUAGAAGGGGUUUCUGUCCAGUAUGGAGAAUGGUAUGAAAUGCUUCCUUACUUCCCCUGUCACCAUCUGCGACACUGUUCUGUUUGCUGUCACCAUGCCAGAUAUGAGUUCUCACCCUGUAUCAUGCCUCAGACCUUCUCUCCCUGGUGUGCUUUAUUUCUAGGCAUUCCAGACAGCUUAAAUCUUUAUCCAUCACAGAUUAUCAAAUUUCAGCUCACUGAUUUUCUAGUUCAUUCUGUAUGGCCAUGUCACUUUAGGAUCCUAGUGGUUCUAAGCUACCUGCUAGAGAAAUGAGUAGGUGGAUAAUAUGGAUUGGAUUAGAAAUUUCCAUUUACUUGAUCUUCCUAUUUCUGUGUAAAAGAAGGUACCUAUAUAGCAUUGGAAUUCUCCUCUAUGCUAAGUGGCAACUAUUUGGGAAACUUCUAGCAUCUGAAGUCUUUUUCUAAAAGAUGCCUUUUACUCUGACAUGUUAUAAUCCUCAACAUUAUUUAUAGUAUGAAUAUUAAUUCAACAUUUAUUGAGUACCUAUCUUGUGCCAGGAAAACUUGUAGUUACUGGGGAGUAUAAAGAUGACUAGCAUGUAAUCUUACUGAAGGGUGUUUCAUUAAGCUGAGAGGAUUAGUGUUCAUAUGAGUAAUUGUAAGUGCCCUUUUAGAGGUGUUGUGGAAAAACAGGAGAAAAGGGUUUUUCUUGGAAAGCUAAACUUUAAAAGAUUAGUAGGGAUUCCCUAAAUGGAAAAUUGGAGAGGAUAACUCCAGCCCAGGGGAAAACCAUGAGUAGGGGUAGAGAAACAUUUUCCUGUGAGAAUAUAUGGUAGCGUAUAUGAGGGAAAAGAGUUUGAAUUCCAGCUUAGAUACUCAGUGGUAGUGAUGAGAAAGCUGAAGCCUAGUCAGUUAUGACUGGCUUUAUUCACAAGACUGUGAACUUGUACCUUGUUUUGUCAAAAUGGAGAUCAUUUAAAUAAGAGAGUGGCAUGAUUAUCAGCUCUAUGGUAUAGGAAAACUUUCUAUACUCUAGAAACAAUGAGAAAAUAGAUUAAAGAUAGUUCACUUAGGGAAGGCUUUACAGUAAGAAAUGAGGAGGAUUACAACUAGGACAGUGGGAGGAGGCCAGUCCAGGAUAUAUUUUUGAGGUAGAAUCAGUAGAACUUGGUGAUUAAUUAGGUUUUGGGGUUGAAGGAAAGACUGAAUAAGCUCCAGCAUCAUCCAAAUUAAUGGUAAAAUUAUUAAGCAAAUCAAGUAAGAGAAUUAGAAAAAAGUUUGAAUAUUGGAUUUUGAGUAUGUUGAGUGGCACUGUAUCUCUCUACUGGGGAGAAUGCAGUUCAGAAGAGAUUUGGAAACAUGAAUCAGGAACUGUCUUUCUGGGUGCUAGACGCUGACCGUGCUCUAUUUCAUUCAUUACACAACUCUGAAAGGUAGAUAGUUUUGCCUCUUUUAUAAUAAGGAAAUUUAGGGUUAGAGAAAUAAGUCGUUUUCCCAAGGCUACAUAAUCACAUGUCCUUUUUUCCAUAGUGCUUCUGUUGGUGUGUGACAAACCACUACCAAAUUUUGUGACUUAAAGCAAUAAUUUCCUGUUACCUCUCAUAGUUCCGUGAGUUGACUGAGCUCAGGUAGGAAGUUCUAGCUUGGGGUUCUCAUUUGAUUGCAGUUGGAUGACAGCUAGAACUGGAGUUAUCUGUGGCUCCACCUGGCUGCAUAUCCAAAAUGGCUUUUUUAUUUGUGUGUCUGUGUCUCAGCUGGAAUGGCUGGCACAUCUGUCUCCACAGGGUUAGGCCACCUGAUUGGCCUGGACUUCCUAACUCAUCUCUGUAGCAGUCUUGGUAUAGUGAGACUUGUUUCCUGGUGUCUGGUUUACCCCAGGGGGAGCUGUCCAAGAGAGCCAGGCAGCAACUGCAAGGUUUGUGAUGAUCUAGGCUUGGAAGUCAUGCAGCAUCAUUUCUUCUACAUCCUGUUGGUUAAAAGUGAGUCAUAGAACCAACCCAGAUUGAAGGGGGCUGGGGACUUGAAUAUCCAGAGGCCAUCUUUGGAGAUAAGCUUCCUCCACACACUGCUGACUUGGGGAGUGGAUUUUAGUGUGGAAAUAGGUGGGCCUUAAGAGUGCCUUGCUCAAAUGGGAAGAGAGUGCAAGAAGAAACCUCUGGGAAAUAUGAAUGUUUGAAUGAAGACCCAAAGAAGAGACAGUGAAAACAAAGCAAAACAUCAAGAGACAAAAGAAGAAAACUUGAAGAAGGUGAAGCUAUAAGCCAGGGAGUCACUGUCACUGGAGCCAGCACAAAGUUAUCAUUGUUGGGCUGGAUAAUGCAGGGAAAACUACCAUCCUUUACCAAUUCUCUAUGAAUGAAGUUGUACAUACAUCUCCUACAAUAGGAAGUAAUGUAGAAGAGAUAGUAAUUAAUAAUACACGUUUCCUAAUGUGGGAUAUUGGUGGCCAAGAAUCUCUUCGUUCUUCAUGGAACACUUACUAUACCAACACAGAGUUCGUAAUAGUUGUUGUGGACAGUACCGACAGAGAAAGGAUUUCUGUAACCAGAGAAGAACUCUAUAAAAUGUUAGCCCAUGAGGACCUAAGGAAAGCUGGAUUGCUGAUUUUUGCUAAUAAACAAGAUGUUAAAGAAUGCAUGACUGUAGCAGAAAUCUCCCAGUUUUUGAAACUAACUUCUAUUAAAGAUCACCAGUGGCAUAUCCAGGCAUGCUGUGCUCUUACUGGCGAGGGAUUAUGCCAAGGCCUUGAAUGGAUGAUGUCACGACUUAAGAUUAGAUGAUCUCUGCUGAUCUCUUCUCAUAGACUUUGUAUAAACAAAGUGCUGGACUUCACCUGAAAGCUGCAAAAAUUAAUGGUUUAGAUAUAUUUAUAAUAAACUGAUUUAAACUUUUUUCUAUAAGAAGAAAAAUUAAGACCACUUAUUUGAAAACAAAGAUGAAGUCUCAUCUUCCAAUUCUGCUUUCUCAUUAGUUCCUUCCAAAGCAAGGUCUUAAAGCUGUGAUUGACAUUUUUCUCAUAAUGAAUCCUCUCAGGACAUUGUGUAGACUGUGGUAAGUGCAAAGGGAGAGGAAGACAUUUUUAACUUUAAGAGCUUUAUUACUAGUAUAACCCUCCCUAGUUGAAUGUUCCCUUCUUGUUUCAUUAAGUAAAAAUACAAAUCAGCACAGAUACUCAGUUUCCAAUAUUUUAUAAUGUAAUGUUACUUAUGAAAAGUAUUUUCCAUCAAGUUGUGUGUUUGUUGUGUAUAUACCUCAAGUUGAAGUUAAUGGCUUUGAUUUAUGUUCUAAAGAAAAGCAAAUAACACAAAAAUUAAUAGUAUCCUUAGUUAUAACCAUAAUCAGAUGAGUACUGGCAGUGGUGUUAAGUGCCAUUUUGUGCUUUUCCUCAAUGUUCUCUGUGUUACACUAGUCAACUCCCCAAAAUCAUUGAGCUGCUCUUUAUUUAAAAAAAAGAAAAAGGAAAAGGCUUGACAUCAUGUACCUGUUUUUCUGUUGUUGAUCAAAUUACAUACCUAGAAAUAUGUAACCUAAAUUAGUGGAAUAUCUCUCAAGUUCUUGGCUUAGAUUACUAAUGGCCAGAAUUGCACAUUGAGCAGUUCCCAGAGUCUUCCCUUUAUUGGACUUGUGCCAUGUAAAUUACUGAGUAAAUUAUUGACCAUUAAUCAGUCAAUCAUUAAUUGUGAUUAAAAUUAUCAACAGGUUUUUUUUGGGCAUUAAUUGAAAACUUGUAUGAAAUUUGUCUACAAGAGAACUAUCACCCUAUAAAUAUUACCAAAUAAGUUAGAGUCUUAAAUGUCAGAUUGUAUGCCAAACAUUUAAAGUGAAUUUGAGAUGAAAAGUAAAGCAUGUUUUGCAAGCAACAAAGAUUUCUUAACUUUAGAUUUUCUUCUUUCUUAGGAGUUGGAAUAGCUUGAGAUUUUUUUUCUAUGUUUUAUCUUACACCAUGUGAAUGCAUUGACAAUUAUAAAACAAAUUUUUUUAAUGCUUUUAAUAAUUUGGUUUAAAAAUUGAUCAACAUUUUGGGUGGGUUAUUUUUAUUAAGUCCAAAAUUCUUUUUAUGUUUGCUUAGGAUAUAUUUUUUCUCAGUAUCUGAAAGUCAAAGAUAUAAAUGUGUUAAAACAUACUCUUGGGUACUCUGUGUAUCUUUCAUGCCCUGGAAAUCUGAAGGCUAAUCCAAACUAGCAUGUCUUAGAAUAUUCAAGGCAAAAAAUAGCUACUUUUAAUAACAGCCUUUUCGAUUUCAUGAAGCUUUGAUGAGGAAUAAUAGUACAUAGGUAAGCAUUGAUAAAAUUUUGAAAAUUCCUUUCCAUAAAAUACAGUAUCCUCAGUAUCUAAAUCCCAAGUCAGGCCUGGGAAAUUAGUGAUAAAUAUUGGAUAUUUUGUGUUUUAUAUGUAUAUUAUGUUCAAAAUGCAAGUACAGCAUUUUAAUAUUUGUCAACUUUUACAAAAGUAAAUCCUAAAUUAUGAAGCCUUAUUUGUUUCAUAUGUUCUCUUUUUCAGAUCACUUGAAAGGAAUUAAACUUGUUUAUCUAAAAAACUCCCCUAACCCAAAUCUAUUCAGUAGGUGUUUCAAUUUCAUCAGAGAUAAAUAUUUUGUAAAGUAGCCUAGCAAAUCCACACCCUUUUAUCUUUUUUUAAUCUUUCAACUUGAAUAGUCAUGGUUUAGUCCUUUUGAUUGCUGCCACAGUUUAGCAGUACACCAGCACAUUCCCUUGUCAUCAAGAUGUUGGCUAAAAUUUACUAUUAAUUGGAUUGUUUAAAGCAUGUAGUACAUUGUUACACUUGGUUUAGUAUAGUAGGGUACGACACACAUGGAGUCGUGAGGAUGCAUGAAAUCUUAUGCCACAUUUACAAAACACGAUUUUUUGUUAAGUCCUACCUUCCUAGGCUAAGCAUUAGAAACAUGGUGGUACUUAAAUACUUGAUCAUAAAACCAAAAUUAAAAUGGGAAAUUUUUUUAAAUUCAUGUAUGAAAACAUCAAAAUAAUUUAAAUGGUAUUAUUUCUAAAUAAGAUGGAGAGUCUCAUCAAUAGUCAUAUUGGCAAUUUAUAUGUAGUUUAGCUGGAAUUAAGAGCAAUGCUUUUAGUUUUAUAAUAUGCUACUUUGGGAUGUAAACAAUCAUUUAGGGUUAUUGUGCUCGGCUGUGUAAAGAACAAAGCUUCAUAUCUCCAUACAUGUGGCUGGAUUUAAAUAUCCUGUGUUUGAUACUAAUUUUGAAUCCGUGUGGCUUCUCUUGAUACAUUGGUUAAAGUAACAUUAUGUUAUAAUCAUUUAAAUUAUGUUUCAUUUUGUCAUAAGAGCAUUUAUGAAAUCUUACACAUUAUAUUAAGGGUUCUUGUUUGAAAUUCUCAGUUCUCUCUUCUUUGGCUCUCAUAAAUGGGCAAGGAAUACAAUGAAGCAGGUUUUGGGAAACUGGGUAGGGAAUAUGACAUUUUGCCUUAAGAAUAAAAAAGUGAUUUAGCACUGCUGGCUGGCUUUUUAAUGCAGGUAAAGUGAUUUUAAAAGUGUGGUAUGAAAUGGAAGAGUUUCUGCCUUCUGGCCUUUAAGAAGUGCCUAGUAGGUAAUUAGAGUGAGAUCACAGGGAAGUGCAGGGAGCUUGAGGAAAAGGUAGGAAGUCCCUGGGAUGUUCUUUUCUUUUUUGCCUGAGUGUAUAGUAUUAAGAUGCCUAGAAAUGGGAUUCUGUUGUCCCUUCUUUUAUAGGCACUUUGCAUUUUGUGCUGAGACUACAGCAACCACAUACAGUACAGACAACCUCAAAAUCUGUUUAUAUUAGUGUAAAUAGAAAAACUGUAGACAACUCUGUAGUUUUCUCUGCAGGCAUUUUUGGGAAUAUAUCUGUAGUGUGUUCUGUUUUGUAUAUAGGGGAGAGCAGCACAUCCCAUAGUAUCUGUGUACUUUGGGGUCAUCUUCUUUCAAUGCCUACUUGCAUCCUGGCUUCAUCUCUGUUUAAGGCUGGGUACAGACAAAGUUUCUUUGCGUGACUUAACUUUGACCCCUCCUACUGUCCAAAUACAAUCUGGAACUUCUCGAUUCAGGAUCGGCUUUCCCAUAGCUGAACCAUCUGUUGCACCUUUAUUUUCAUUCACCAUCAGUGAAGAUGUGUUAUCUUGGUCCUGGAGGUAUUCUAAACUUUGCCUGUACCCAUUUUCCCCACACCAGGAGUUUUUAGGUUCUUUAAUUCUUUACUAUCCCCCCACCACUGGCUUAAUUCAUUGAAUGUACUUUGCCCAUUAGAGAGUAUUGUGAGAGUUGUUGAGUACAUCAGAAGACUGGCUUGGUGUGUAUACAGCACAUAAACGCCAGUAAUAGAAUCCUUUAAUUUAUACUGUAUUUAACAUUUUAAUGCUUCUUCAUUUUAGCGUUGUAUGCUGUAAAGUAGAUUCAGAAAGAUAAGAAACCUACCUAGACUAUCAGCUCCUUGAGCUGGCAUGGAAGGGAUUAAGUUAUAUGUUGAUUAUCUUCCCAUUACCAAAAAUGAACAAUUUAAGUUGGAUAAGAUGCCAAACCAAACCUAUAUGUAGUAUUUAACCUGAAAACAUCCUUACAUCCUUAAAACCAUAGCCCUCAUUUCAUUUUCCCCCUCAUGUUUACUUAAAAAACAAUGAUAAAUGUUAGAUGUGUAAAGGAAUUAGUAAUGAGAAACCUAUCUUUACAAAAUGAACCUGUUGAAAUGGGCUUUAAAAGACAUCAAAAUCAUCAACCAUCAUGAGUGUGUGCUGUGUAGAUAGACAUAAUAUAGAAAAGUUACUUCUAUAAAGUUCCACUAAUACAAAAAUAAGACUUCUAUAUUAUGCUUCCUCAAAGAAUGGUGAUUAUUUUAAGAUCAUAAUGGUGGAGUAAAUGAAAGAAAAAGAAUUAAAAAGCUUUGGAUGCUAAAAGUGACUGCUUCAAUUAAACCCUAAAAUUGUGUGUGGAAUUUUGAAGAAAUUGUAACAGGAUGAGUUAAUAUUAUCAAUUGCCUAAUCCUUGUGUAUUGUUCUAAAAACUAAAGUUUAAAUCUUUAUUGUCUUGCGUGCUAGAUAAUGCUGUUCUUUGGUAGAAAAUUCCCCUAGUCUGUACUCAAGAAGUGCCUAAAAUUUAUUUGUGUUGAUUUUUAAGUCCAUUUAAUAAAUGAUAUGUGUUUUCUAUGGUA